AAGCACCUCCCCCACUGACAUUAGACAGGAGCCGUCGACGAGGAAGACUACAGGACGAUUUGGGUUUUCAACCGUUCUCAAUCUCAACACAUUAGCUAGCCAUGGACGAUUUUGAUAUGCUCGGUGGCCCUCAGGUUAGCGCGGGGAACGGCGUGGGGGCGGAUGAGGACCCGGCGGCGGCAUUCCUGGCCCAGCAAGAGAGCGAGAUCGCGGGCAUCGAGAAUGACGAGGGCUUCAGCAUCCUGGACAGCGGAGAUGUGCCUUCAUCCCUGAUCCAAGACCAGGACGGAGCGAUUAAUGGAGAUCUGCAUGGGGAGAGUAACGGCCCUUCUGAUGUGUAUGCGGCCAUCUCCAGUGUAGACCGGUUACAGGCCGAGCCGGAGAGCUUGAGGAAGUGGAGAGAGGAGCAGUGCGAGAGACUUGAGGAGCUCGAUGCUAACUCGCGAAUGCAGGAGGUGGAGUGGAAGGAGAAGGCAAUGUUGGAGCUGGAAGAGUGGCACACCAGGCAGAACGAACAGCUGGAGAAAACCAAAGUCAACAACAGGGUGCUGGAUGAGGAUUUCUACAAACAACCCUUCGCUGAUCUGAUUGGUUAUGUCACUCACAUUAACCAUCCUUGCUACCGCCUAGACCAGGCGGCCGAGGAAGCCAUGGUGUCGGAGCUGGAUGAGAACAGCCCUGGCACGGAAUGGGAGCGUGUGGCACGUCUCUGCGACUUCAACCCCAAGUCUAGCAAGCAGGCCAAGGACGUCUCCCGCAUGCGCUCCGUCCUCAUCUCUCUCAAACAGUCCCCCCUCGUCCGCUAAGCUCCGCCUCUCAUUAAACCACAGCCCCUGGCAGCCAUAGUGGUCUCGCGACACCUACGUGUCUGUGAAUUCCUUUGGCUUUAGUCCCAUCCCCAUGGUUUUGAGAUCCAAUUUCAUAUAUAAAUAAUCUAUAUUAUAUUAUUACAUAAUAUGAAAUAGGUGUAUCUAUAUAUGUUUAUAUUCCAUCUAUAAAUAUAUACAUAUAUAACAAUGUUUUAUUUUUGGCGUCUGUUUUAUGGACCAAACUCCACAAUGUGUUCAGUUUUUCAUUUAGAGACAGUGUGUGGUAUUGUGACACUAUCGAUCUAUGCAUUUCCUUUCUACAGUGUUGGGGAAUAAAGUACUAACUGUCUUGUGUAUGUUGUAUACAGAUGGUGGAUAUAUCCUAUGUGUGUGUGACUAUGUACAUAAAGACCUGUCCUCUGUACACUUCGGUGUGUGAGAUAAUGGCACAAGUUUUCAAAGAACAGAGCUGUAUUGCAGUAAACGUUGCCCUGUGUUGUCCAUUCCGUUUCAAUAUGAUUAAACACAUGUGAAAUGUUAAGCGUGUUUGCGUGUCAAUCCCAGUA